AUGUCUCUUGAAAAAAGUGACUCUUCAGAAACACUCCACGGCACGGACAAAUUCGACAAGGUGGGAAACAACCCGUCUUCGGGUCCCGUCAACAGUGAAGACGAACCGCUACAGGAAUCUGAAACCACAAGGACAGAAAGCUCGACAGCGGAGCCCGAAGCUGCGAAGGAAGAACCAAAGACUCCAACCAAGAAUGACGACAAAAAAGGACUCGAGCAGAAAUCUGAAACUACCACAAAAACCGUGGACUCCACUCCUGACGCUGGUGCACAGAACGAGCUACUAGAAAUCGCCAAAAAGCUCUUCAACGAGGAGUUUGUGCUGAUCAAGCCGGAAGAAUACACCCAGUUUUUGGCUGCUGACGAUAAGGACUCGGCCGCCAUCAGAGGGCUCUACAUGGAUAUGUUUAAAUGGAGCCCCAGCUUGAUCAAGUCCACGAGGACCUUGUGCCUGAAGUUGUAUCUCAAGGGGGAAUCACAGGAAAUUGACCGGAUUCUCUCGGCCUUCACCAUGCUGUGGAUCCGCCAGAACCCAGUCAAUGUGUUUUGCACGAGAGAUUUCGAAAAAAUUUACAUCAUCUUGUACAGCUUGAUCUUGCUCAACACCGCGUUGCACAACACCGAAAUCAACAAGAAAUCCUCCAUCUCCCAGUCAGACUACGUUAGAAACACCUUCACCACGUUUCUCCAACUGAACAAAAAGAGUUCCAGCAAGCUCUCAAUAAGGCAGAAGAUCCUGAUCGAGCGCGAGUUGCACUUAUACUACGACGACUUGGCUCGCUGUGAACUUUACUUGAAGCAAAAUAGUGAACUACUGACUCCCCAAUCUUCCUCCGCUCACGUGCGUCCAAAUGCUGCCAAUAGGCUCUCUGUGGCAGACACCAUUCGUCUGUCUGUGUCUGGAACAUCGGGAGACUACCCUUCGCUGCCUCAUGCCAACAUUGAUGAGUCUAAUUACCAUGCUGAUCUUUCCAGACAGAUUACAAACGCCUCCGGCAUGUCAAAUGACUACGAUGGCCGUAGAGCUUCUUUGGCGCUUCUGAAGGUGAGAUCUGGGGGGUCAGUAGUGUCUCACAUAACGGCGACUGCUACUAAUGCUGGUUUUGGACCAAACUCUGGUGCGAGAGUAGGCUUCACCCGUGUUCUACAUUCGAACUCCUCUCAAAGAGGAACCCUCAAGAAUAGAACCUCUUUGGACCACUUGCGCCAUUAUGGACACACCACUUUGGGCCAUAAAAGCUCGAGAGCUUCCAUAAUCAGCAGACUGUCCAACAAUCAGGAAGACCAACUUUCAAUCCUGACAACAGACCUACCAAACUUAGAUACACUGUUUUCAGGUAAACAGGACUUAGGGGAUUUUGAUGUGGCUAAUUUCCAGGACCGAUAUGAUCUUUCUUUGGAAUUACAAGGUGCGCCUUAUUUGAAAGAGGGUCUUUUGAAGCUCCGCAUCAUCAACAAUGAUCAGCUGGAUUCCAUAGGGAACGGUGACGUGGACUCGACGUCGGCAUCAUCCGGAAUUAUGCUGAGCGCAUCGUCCAUUGUCUCUAGAAAACUGAGCUUCUUUUCUCUCUUCAGAAGUACACCAAAGGAGCCAGCCCCCGUGUCAACGACAGUUGGCACGAGUCAUAAUCACCAUGUGUUCUCGACCAAGUUUAGCGAAUACUUUGUUGUGGUUUCUAAAGGUGAACUUAGACUCUAUUCUUUUGAUCCUAAGCAGAUAAAGAAGCAACAGCAAAAGCUUAAGAAGCUUAGAAAGCACAGUUUAGCGUUUGGAGUAGAUAUUGAAGAUGAAGACGAAGACGUGGGAGAUGGAAAUUGGCUUAAGAAUGCUGCGAAUAUGGGAAACUAUAACUUGUGCUCCACUAUAGCUCAACUAGAGAGGCUGUCACUAAAUCAGCUGUCAGAAAAGAUCCAGUGGACAUUGACAUUCCCAAAAGUCAGCAAGAAGGCCGCUAAACGGUUUGUGUUCGAGGCUGGUACAGUGGAAAUCGCUACAGAGUUCGUCAACACAUGUAACUUUUGGGCUUCCAAAAUCACCGCCGUGCCACCUUUAGAAGAGAGUGUCACUUCAAUUGAAUAUGGAUGGACGAAUUUAGAGAGCAUAUUGACGAUGGGUGACGGUUUCAAGAAAGCUAAAAAUAUUGGUAAGUGGGAACAACUUCCCAGGGGAGUUUACAUAAGCAGCUUGUCUACUGCUGGAGAGGGAGACCAUGAGCACGAGGGGUUUCUGAAGCAGUUCUUGAUGACACUCAAGUACUAUAACAGCUUGAAGACUUACUACAACAGCUUCCGCUUACAGAGGACGACUUUCUUGCGAAACAUGAGAAGGUUCCAAAGCACCUCAAACUACAAGUUGAUUUCUCAAAAUUUUGAAGGUCGUGCAAAUGAGUACAAGGAGGAGCUCCAUAGGUAUAAGAGUUACGUCAUUAUGCUCGCCUAUGGACUCAAGCUUAGGUUUGAUGCUGUUGAAGAUGAUGUUUACGAGAGACUCAAGCAGGAAAUUUUGAAGGAUACCGAGCUUACAAUUGAUAAGGAGAGUAACGUAGAGGUUGGAGCAGAACUUGCAAAAAGGGUCACCAAACACAAGGAGGCCGAGCUGGAUUACGUGAAAGCGGCUAAGAAAGAGCUCGAGAAGAUCAGCGUUCUUACACCUGAACUUUAUAUGAUGUUCCAGAGGAAGGACGCCUUGCCACAAUCCAGAGAUGAGAGAGAGCUCGACGAAACGCUUUUAGAAGACACUUCAGGGAACUUGGUGAAGCUGCCCAAAAAUUUUAGUCUUGCUGACAUCAAAGACCUGGAAGCCAGCCCAAUCACGCAGUUGCUAUCAGCAGAUGCGAACAAUGGUGAUACUGGAGUCGGAGAAUUGACUCAAGCGAAAAGAGAGCUCAUCAUGAGUUUCAGCACAAACACCAUCAAGGAGGAGGACGAGGAAAUUGAGAACAUACUUUAG